GCACUCAGGUGGUUUGUACAGCUCUGUGUACGAGCCAAAUGGGCAUGCUGCCUGGGCAGACGACCAGCAGCAUCAGGACAAGGAGACAGCGGACAACCUCAGGAGGAAGAUCAAGUACUUCUUCAUGAACCCCUGUGAGAAAUACAAAGCCCGUGGACGGAAACCAUGGAAACUGAUGCUCCAGAUCAUCAAGAUCGCCAUCAUUACCAUCCAGUUGGUGUCUUUUGGACUGAGCAAUCAGAUGGUGGUAACCUUCAAAGAGGAGAACCUCAUGACAUUCAAGCAUCUCUUCCUCAAAGAUUACGUGGAUGGCCGUGGGGACUCUUAUGCUGUGUACAGGCAGGAUGAGGUGUAUGAACACAUCUCUUACAUAGUCGAUAAGUAUUCCCGUCUGCGAAAUAUCACCGUUGGUAACCAUGCCUAUGAGAAGAAGGGGGACACCUAUUCCCCUCUGUCUCUGUGCCAAGAGUUCUACAGGAACGGAAGCAUUUCACCAGCCAAUGAGACCUUUGAUAUAGACGCACAGAUUGAAACUGAAUGCCUUGAGAUUGUUCCAGUGUUCCCCAUGGGAAGCACAACCAAGGAUGAUCUGUUGAAUUUCGUUGUGCAUUUCAAAAGAUUGUUGAAUGUGAAGAUCAAGUUCACUCUGAAGGCCAUAAACCUACAAACAGUCAGAAACAGAGAGCUGCCAAACUGCUAUGACUUUGAUGUCACGAUCACCUUCAACAACCAAGCCCACAGUGGCAGAAUAAAAGUCGACCUGGACAAUGACGUUGAUAUAAAUGAAUGUAGAGACUGGAAAGUUACCGGGGCCUCUCCCAAGAACAUCUAUUACCCACUGCUGUUUGACUGUCUCAUCAUUGUAACGUGCAUCACCUCUCUGGCCCUCUGCACACGCUCUGUGCUCAACGGGAUACGGCUACAGUUUGAGUACACAGACUUCUGCCUAGUCCGUCAAGGGAAGAAGGUUCCAUGGUCCGAUAGGCUGGAGUUUCUGAACGGCUGGUAUAUCCUCAUCAUCGCAAGUGAUACACUCACCAUCAUCGGUUCCAUUCUUAAAAUAGAAAUCCAGACAAAGAUUCUCACCAGUUAUGAUGUCUGCAGCAUCUUUCUUGGAACAGGCACAAUGUUUGUUUGGAUCGGAGUCAUACGCUACAUGGGAUACUUCAAGAAGUACAAUAUUCUCAUCCUGACCCUGAGAGCAGCUUUCCCAAAUGUGGUUCGGUUCAUCGGUUGUGCCGGAAUCAUUUACCUGGGGUACUGUUUCUGUGGCUGGAUCGUGCUCGGGCCCUACCAUGAGAAGUUCCGGACCCUGAACACAGUAUCAGAGUGCCUGUUCUCGCUGAUCAACGGAGAUGACAUGUAUCCCACCUUCAAGUACAUGAAGCAGAAGAGUUACUUGGUGUGGCUGUUCAGCAGAGUCUACCUCUACACCUUUGUCUCGCUCUUCAUCUACAUGAUCCUCAGCCUCUUCAUCACCCUUAUCACUGAUACCUAUGACACCAUCAAGCAACAGCAACAGGAAGGGAGCCCAGUGUCGGAGCUGCAUUGUUUCAUGUCUGAGUGUAAAGAUCUGCCCACCUCAGGACGCUACCGGGUAGAGGGGGAGUCUGGCUCCUUCACCUGCUGCUUCCCCAGAUGCAAGGACUCACGAGAAAGGCUGAGCUCUGAAUCAAUAGACUCUGAGCCAUAGUGGACCUUUUAUCAGUCAGAGAUUAGUAAGAAACCUUACACAUAACCAUGACCAGCACUUUACUGUACAGUUUAGCCCAGCAAAACAUUGUCCUGUACUUCUAGACCUGUUUUAAUCUUAUUCACCAGCUAACUUAAUGCAGUAGCAAUUGAGCCUGGGGAUGAGGUUAGACCUGUUAUGAAUUGUCACUGUGUAAGUUGCCUGUUAAUGUACUAAAGUUGAUGACCACAAUGAUAUGCACUGAUGAAUGUUGAUUAUUUGAAUGUACUGUAAAUAUCAAAACAUGAAUUGUUCAAAGACAUGGGAUGCAACAUUAAUAAAAUGAA